AAUAUGGUUAAGCCCUGUUGGAGGCCUUCUGUGGAGGGUGAUGGAAGUUGGAGAAGAGGAGGUGGAGACCCGAAUGGCCGAGUUGACGGGCUUUGGUGGUAUAAGGAUUUAGGGCAUCACACAAAUGGUGAAUUUUCAAUGGCUGUUGUUCAAGCCAAUGGGUUGAUGGAGGAUCAGAGCCAGCUGGAAUCGGGCCCGUUGAGUUUUCUUGAGUCGGGCCCUUGUGGAACUUUUGUCGGGGUUUAUGAUGGCCAUGGUGGACCCGAAACUUCUCGCUUUGUGUCGAGAUCCAUUGGGGACGCAUACCUCAAGAAAUCAGAGUUCAACCGAGAGCCAUUACUGGCCAAAUUCAGACUAAACGAGCCCUUUAGCAAGCCCAUUCUAAGCCCGGAGCCUUCAAUGCUCGUACACAAGCUCGACCCCAGUGAUCAAUUCCUCAUAUUUGCUUCAGAUGGUUUGUGGGAGCAUCUCAGCAAUCAAGAGGCCGUUGAUAUCGUCAAUGGCUAUCCUCGUAAUGGGAUUGCUAGGAGGCUUGUAAAGGCAGCUCUACGAGUGGCGGCUAAGAAGAGGGAAAUGCGAUAUUCGGACCUCAAGAAAAUUGACCGAGGCGUAAGGAGGCAUUUUCACGAUGACAUCACUGUUGUGAUUGUUUUCAUAGAUCAACCUUCUUCCUUGAGGAGAAGCUCUUCACAUGGUUCUAUUGCAUCCAUUAGGCCUCCUAAUGUGCUGCCCCUGUAA